UGAACGAGGAAGAAUAAGAUUGGAAGGCCUGAGGGACCUUAGAUAGUUACCAAAUUAGGGGUGAGAUUCAAAGAUAAUUGAUAAUUAAUAGUGUUAUCGUAUAUAUGACAAGUUGAUUUUGAUUUUCAAGGAAAUGGCCUAAACAACAUCCUUUACCACCUGUAUAUGGACAACCCUGCUCAUCUUAUGGAAGGCACAUCAUUCCAAACUAAUAGGGAGAUUCUUUGAAAUUAUGGUAUAUAGGUUCAAAUUGAAAUUCUUUGGAGAAUAAUGGAAAGAAUGUUCGAGAAUUUGUGCAUAUACUGAAACGAGAAUUGAUCUAACGGCUAAUAGUGUUAUUAAGUAUAUGACAGGUUGAUUUUGAUUUUCGAGGUAAUGGAGGGAGAACAAUACGUAUGCCUUAACGACAUCAUUUACUUCCCAGUAUGGACCACCCUCCUUAUCUUUUAUGGUAGGCACAUGAUUCAAAACUAAUAGGCAUUUGGAAUUUUAUCAGGUUUCGAAUAAGUUAUUUCAAACUAUUCUAAUUAUUCAACUAAGUUCUUCUUAUUUCAAAUUGCUUCCUUCAUGUAAGAUUAUGUUAUUUGUUCCUUUAUGAUUUAUGCCAUCUGAGUCUAAUCGGCCAUGAAAGUGUUGUUGUAAAACUCCUUGAUUCUAUUCACUUUGCUUUUUAAUUUUAAUUUAUGAGCUUUUAUUCUUAUUCUAUUCCGUUUAUGCGUUACAUACUCAAUUCAAUAUUGUUUGCAUUGACCGCUGAAAUCUGACAUGUACCCUUUCUUAUCUAUAAUACCUGGAAUUUUCUUAUAUUAACGAUUUUCUGAAAUACCUGUCAUAUCUUGACGAAUGACGAAUCCGCCAAAAUUUUCGAAGAUAACAGAAGGGGUAGGUACCUGAUGACCUGCGUAUUAAGCAAUUAGACUAUGCAAAAAUUCUGGCCCAUCUCAUAUAAAAGGCCCAAAGAGGGUUUUUCAGAUCAGUCUUCGCUUGGUAUACUUGUGAUACAGAAGUGUUCUUAGUUGUGAGAAAAAUUCAACGUAUUGUGAUUUUUGUGAUUCUUUCGUUUUUGUCAAGAUGUAUCAUCCGGAUUUUUCAGCGUACGGCAGGCCAGCUAUGUUUUUCGAUCGCAGAGGGAAUUUGGUACAGCCACCAGUUUGGCACACACCCCAAUUCUUACCGCCACCGAUCAUCCAACCUAGCCAGCAUUUUUAUCAGAAUAUUCCUGAUCAAGCUGCCAGUCUUCAUCACAAUGAUGUGCCUCCAACUAGCCAUUAUGAGGUGAACGGGACAACGUAUUACGGAAGUGCCAACAUUCAUAUGUUGGCCUCGGCGAACAAGCAGCACAGGAGACCGUUGCCUGAAGAGAGUGACAAUACAAAGGAUAAGAAAAGGAUGAGGAGGCACCACGAUAAUCAACGUCGGCAUUCAAGUUUUUACGAAAAACAAUCUGAUGUUGGCUCAUCGAGGUGUCUCCAGCAGCAGGGACCAAAUAAGAAAAAAAGCAAGAAGCCAUUCCCUAACAUUUACAAGCCGAUUCGCUCGGCAAGGGACGAAACUCCAUCUCAAGAUUGUAGCGGGAGUAUAAAGAUUAAAAGCGAAAAUAGAAUAGGUGCCGUUGCCAAAGAAAGGAAUAACUCCCAUAAGGCGGAGGACGCUGUUUCGCCUGAACAGUUUACAGUUAACUUAUCUAAUAGAACACUUAUAUUAUUUAUAUUAUACUAUAGUGAUAAAGAAAACAAGAAAAAUCAAAAAUAUAGCAAAUCAAUGAUAACAAGUACUAAAUAA